GGUGAGGAGAAGCAGCAGGGAACAUCCUUCUAUAGACUUCAUUCCCUGAAUCUCAGCUGGAAAUGUUUUCCAAGAAGGGGACUGACACUAUAAAAAGGGGGGUCAAAAACCCCAAGGGAGCUUCCCCUCCUCCCUGCUCUUUUAUUCACUGCAUCACAAAGGACAAAGGAAGCAGACUUUGAACUGGAGAAGUGAUGCCCAGAGAUGCCAAAUGGUGAAAUACAGCUAAGAAGAGGUAUUAAGCAAUCAGGACAGGAGGAUCACAAAUCCUGAGACUACUGAUAUACAGAAUUAAAUGGAAAAAGUCAACAACAGACACGGGAAAUAAUAAGUAGGAUAACUGCAGGCAUUAACAUGGUAAUGGAAUGCAUUCAUUUCCCAGGUAAAUUAGUCACUGUGCCAAAGACAGCAAUGCUCAGCCAAUUAUAUACCUGUAAAAGGGAAAAAGAGUGAGAAAAAUGUCAAAGGUAAAAGGAAAAACAAAGAAGAAAAUGUGUUUGAAGAAGAAAAAGAGAGCAGGAAAAACUGCAGCAGAAUAAUAAAAAUACACUCUGCCCCAGUAAAAUGACUUAUGUUCUACUUCCUCAGGAGACUUGCUGUUCUAAAAUGCAUGUAGAUGGUGGCUAGUACAACAGCAUCCCUGCCUUAGAAAAGAAACACACACGGUCAAAUUAUUUUAAAAAAUAAUCAAACUGAUCUAGACUGGGACCGACAGGAGUACAACUGCAGGAGGAAAACAUCCCAGGAAGAGUAAAAUGAACACAAGCACAUAAAUGUGUCUGCAUAGUGCAUUAUAUAAUCUGUGUGCAGUACAGCACGGAAGACAAGGAACCCAUUCAGCAGCACAGCUUCUUAUCCGACGAGACCUAUCUUGCGACCAGCGGAAGAGCAAGAGAAAGGAGAGAAAGCGAAGCGCUGCAGUGAGCGUGGUUCCAGCGCUGCUUUUCCCCUCCCUAAGCAGCAGCGCUUUCCCCAUUGGAGAACACGUGUGACAAUUCAGGCUCUGCCUUCCAAAAGGGCCAAUCCCGGAGUACAGUGCCUCUGCAAGCUAGCAAGCGCCUCAGCCAGCUGUGCUCUCCAGUGUGGUCCUCCUUUCAGUGCAAAGAUAGCUGUACCCCCACCUUCUGUUGACUUGGAAACAAGCUCUCUACCUCCGACUCCUCCCACUACAGCCAACCAGAAACUCCCCCCCACCCCGUGCUGUCUUCUGUGUGAUCACUAAACACCUCCCUGUCUCACACCAGGGGACCACGGGACACAGACGAGUGCUUCUGGUUUUUUUUUUUUAAGGAAGAAAAUGAGUAAAAAGCAAAUUUUCUCCCUCAGAUGGGCUUUUGGUCUAAUGCCUCUGCAGCUGCUGUCCAGCCUCUCCCUGUGAAGGCUAGUGACUGAUGUGAAACAGGGCCACAGGAGAGACGAGGAAGCUCUAGUGGAUGUGAACAUUUGUACUGGUGAAUUGAAGAGGUGGUGGCUGCCUGCUUGCCUGGCUGUGAGGAGGUGGAGAGUGCAGAUUCACGGGUCUGAACUGGAUCAGCCUCCCAAAGUGGGUGGAGAAACAAAACAAAUACAACAAAAUCAUACCAGACCUUCAGCUGUAAUUAACAGCAUCACCACAGCAACCAGAAAAUACAAUUAAAAGACAGGUUGGACUAAAGCGGAGCAUAUCAAGGUGCAGCUCCUUACCUUUGGACAGAAAACAGCAAAAUAAUUAUGCAGAAGAGAAAAGAAUAUUUGACUGAUCCAGCCACACUCUGGAAUAGGGAAGUGUCCUUUCAUUAACAGGAAUGUGCCACUGUUUAUUCACAAGAAAGGGGAGUGCCAUGCAAUCUACUGAGGAGACUAUCUGUCUGUGCUUGAAUUUUUACAUUUGUUUACACCCCUGCUGGGAUUGAACUAGUUGGUACAGUCCUAUUGGCCCAUCAGGUAUUGGAUAGUGAUUUUUUUCCCCCACAGGGUGCACCUGGCACGAGAAUUGAAAGAUAUUCCAGCUCUUGCUCAGAGACAGACAACACGAGAGAGAUAAUCUCCAGUUCUCCUCUUCUGCUACUGUCUGCUAUACCAUGGGAUGUAGGCAAAGCUCUGAGGAGAAAGAGGCAGCGCGGCGGUCCCGCAGGAUUGAUCGCCACCUGCGCUCUGAGAGUCAGCGACAACGACGUGAGAUCAAGCUCCUACUCCUGGGUACAAGCAACUCUGGCAAGAGUACUAUUGUCAAGCAAAUGAAAAUCAUUCACAGUGGUGGCUUUAACUUGGAGGCUUGCAAGGAAUACAAACCUCUGAUUAUCUAUAAUGCCAUUGACUCCCUCACACGCAUCAUUCGUGCGCUAGCCACUCUUAAGAUAGAGUUCCACAAUCCUGACAGGGCCUAUGAUGCCGUGCAGCUUUUUGCCCUGACAGGCCCAGCUGAAAGCAAAGGAGAGAUUACACCUGAGCUUCUAGGAGUCAUGAAGCGGCUCUGGGCAGACCCCGGUGUGCAGGACUGCUUUUGCCGAUCCAAUGAGUACCACCUAGAGGAUAAUGCGGCAUACUAUUUAAAUGACCUAGAAAGGAUUGCAGCACUGGACUACAUCCCUACAGUGGAAGAUAUUCUGCGUUCUCGGGAUAUGACCACAGGGAUUGUGGAAAAUAAAUUUACCUUCAAAGAGCUGACUUUCAAAAUGGUGGAUGUGGGUGGACAAAGGUCUGAGCGCAAAAAAUGGAUCCACUGCUUUGAAGGGGUUACAGCAAUAAUUUUCUGUGUGGAGCUGAGUGGAUAUGACUUGAAGCUAUAUGAGGAUAACCAAACGCCUCAGAAAUGGACAAGAUGGUUCAGAAACAAUUAAAUGUGUUGGUAGGAAUAUUUAAGAAUUCCUAUAGCUCCCUACUUGCCUAUAUUCCAAUUUAAAAAUAGCUGACCAACACAAGGAACUAAAAUCAACCCCUACAAAAUCACUGUCUGGAGACAACUAAUUUACUGUUUACCCAAAGGUGCACCAAUUUCUUAUCAUAUCCUUCAGGUAUUGUCAGUUAUUUCACACUGGUGGAUCUUUCCUGUGGCAAGGCAAAUUCUGGAGCUCCCCAGAAUGCUGCAUGCUUUGUUUCUUCACAGUAGAAAGAGUACUUCAAUGAAGGGGGAUCCCAGUAAUUUGCUUUUUGUACAAUAUUUAGAAUCUAACUGUGGUUAGAAAUGUGCAUUUUCACUACUUUUAUUACAGUAAUAUUCUUAAGACAUACUUUCUACCACUCCUCUAACACUCUGUUUGGCAGACUAUUAUGGAAUCUGCUCCUUAUGGAAAUACUCCACUAACUGUAUUAAAUUUCAUAGUCAGUUCAGGUCAGUCAUUUUAUUUUUUUCUUCUGCGUGUAGCAUGCUUGUCAUGCCUGAACUAUGCUAGAGAAUAUCCUGGAUAGAAUUCACGAUAAUGUGAAUUCCUGUGUAUCUGCUCAUACAAUAGGAUCAAAUCCAAGCCCAAUGAUGUGAAGCUACUAAUAGCUGUGUGAUGUUGCUGGACUUCCCAGAUGCUUAAAUGAAACUUUGGUGCUUGGAACACCACCAUGAAGUGGCAAAUAGCACCAAACCCAUCUCUUCCCAUGGUGGGAAUCUAUGAUUUUGUCCCAUGACUGUGAUAUAUAGCAGCCAAGUUCUGGGAAAUAAAAUUGAAAGGGGAAGUGUCUCCUUAACAUUACAGGAAAGUCAGGGAGCUAAAUUUCUCCUUAGUUACAUAACAUCUUCAGUAAAUGAAUGAUUCAUGUGGUUGGUUCUGACUACUUUCUCAGAAAUAGAUCCUUAAACCUGUGAGUCCAUGUAUUCUUCUGGUUGAAGAUGCCUUCCUUCUAAAUUAAUGUUCAUGGGCUCUGUGGGAUGAAGUGAAACUAUUAGGCACCGCACAGGAUUUUUUCCAAGGCAUGAAACUACUUUUCAUGUGCUUCCCACUCCUCUGAAGAGCGCUAUAGCACUUGCCCUGUAGAGUGGAACUCCUCAGACCUUCUCUGCUCACCGCUUUGCAUUGGGCCCAUUUGUCCUCAGCAGUGAUCAGUCAGGUAUUCUUCUAAGAUCUGUAACAACCAAGGGCUAUCAUGUUUAAUGAGGCAUAACACAUGAUCAAGAUUUCUAUGGUUGGGAAUUCCUGGAAUAACUUAAGCAAGAUUUUAAAAAUCUGUAGCAGCUCCUUGAAAAUUGUGUAUUUCCUGCAUGUAGCACGUCAAAUUGUUUAGGCCACUGAAUGAAGGCAAGUUGAUGACAGUACUUCAAACGGUUUAAGGCUUGUUUCUCUAACGUAUUUCAGUUAUUUAUCUGGUGCCACUACAGCCAACUUUUUUAUUUAACAAAAAGAUAAAACUGGUGCAGCAAGCACUUUCCACGAACUUUAUUUCAAUUUUUUGGAAGGGAAACCCACACUACCGGGUAGACAAGAGUCUAAUGGAGUUUCCCUCUUUAUGGAUGUAGCCUAGGUGUUAGAUUAAAGGGCCACCCUUCAUGUAACAGGUAAGAAGGUGGGUUAAAUAUUAUGAUAUGAAAGCUAUUACAAUUAUUGGCACAUUAAACAAAUCACUUAUUGUAAUAACUUUAACACUUUUCAGUGCAGUAUGUGGGGAUUUUAUUGUUUGUUUGUCUUGAUCCUGUUUCUUGUAGAUGUUCCUUCCAUUAAAUAUAUAAAGAAGAAUUGCAAAUACAGCAGAGCUGCCUAGGGCACUUAGCGCUAAGCAAAAUAUUUUCCACAAACAUUUAUUUACUAUUUUUAAAGUUUUGCUUAGGGUGUUUAAACCUCUUUUGUGCUCUCUUUUCAUGAUUCUUAAGAAAAUAAAUUUACUGGCAGGAAAGUUCACUAAACUGAAAUUCAUACUAUUAUUCAAGAAUAUUCCCAUAAACUGAACAUUAAAUACUCAAAAUGAUCUACCAGCUGACAGUCUGCAGACUAAGUUAUUAUUUAGCGCACAGGUGGGAAACUGUUUUUGGUUCAGGGGCUGCUGACAUAUAGAAAAAUCAACUGGCUGCACAAAAGUGAGAAGUAAAAAAAAAGAUACCUCACUGGCAUGGCCGCCAAUUAAGAAGCAGAAAGACACUCCCCACAUUCCCUUCGCACAUCAGAGCCUAGGGAGACUCCGGAUAGUUGAUAUUGUGGGCCUCCUUUGGCUCUGGUGUGGGGCCAAAAAUGAAAGAAUAGGUGUGUAGGAGGGGGGCUACCUGGUAGCAGGCUUGGGGUGUGGCAUCUGGGUGGGAAGGAAGGUGCAGGAGCAGGCUGGGGAUGGGAGAGCUACACAUGGUAGGAUGCAGGAGAUGGAUGAGGUGGGAUGUACAUCAGGCUGGAUCUAUCCCAGCUUGCCUGACUCCAGCCUGCAAGGCUCAGGGCUCCUCCCCCCAGAGUGGAGAACCAGCGCUCCUACUGCAGCCCCGUGGGGAGGGGCUGUGGGGAGCUGCAGGGCUGGAGAACCAGAACUGGCUCCCCAAUGCUGGAGGGAAGCCCUGAACCUUGGGGGGCCGAUCCAGGUGAGCCAGGGGCUGGUUCUGGCCCCCUGGGCCUUAGGUUCCUACCCCUGAUUUAGAGAAUGAUUUUGAACAAUGAAUUUGAGAAAAUGGCUAUAGUUUAUCAAUAAUUCAUAGACAGAAAGUGGCAAAACUAAUGGAAUAGAAGAAAAUUACGAAAUGAGGCCAUUUUGUGCAGAAGUAUUUGGCCCAGAACAAUAAUAUUCAAAACUCACACAAAUAUUGCAUCAGAAAUAAAGGUAUUUAUUUCCUGCAUUUAAUUCAAGUUCUCAAAUGGCUGGGGCAAUAGCUAAAUACAAACAGCAAGCCCUUUAGGAGAUUUAACUGACUUAAAUACAUUUCUACAACCUCAUCUUUUCUGGCUGGUUCUGAAGAAAAACUUUCUUUGGUUUCAACCUGUGAAAUAAAAGCAUUGCUAGAAAAAAGACUUUGGUUAAGAACUAAAAACCUACUUGCAAAAACGCUUCAUGUAAUGUCCUCUCAUUGAACUCCCCAAAUUAUAUUAGGAAUUCAGGCAUAACCCAAAGUGGCUCACAGGUAGUCUUCCUAUGAAUCCAUCUCAAAUAAAUCCAACAAAGCUCUUGUGAAAGUUGAACCAGCUGCUCUCAGUUCCUUUAAAGUCUCUACUUUGCCACAAUUCCCAACUAUAUGCAGAGUUAUUCAUUUUGAUAAGAACUGGGAGGGGGAAAAUCUUGUAUUCAUUUUUGCUGUAAUGUGAAUUUCCAUAUAUACAUUUAAGUUUUCUCCAGAUCACAAGGACAUUUUGGUGUGGAGGAAAAUUCAAAUUUAGGCAGUUGCUGAAUGCACAGGAAUCCCGCUGCUAAGUAACAGACCCAAAUCCUUUUAUCAUGACUGUUUAAUGGCAGAAUGGCAAAUCAUCUUUCUCUGUUUAGCAUUAUUCUAUUUUGCUACUGUUAUAUGGUUUCUGGGCUAGUAAUACUUCCCAAGUAUUUUUGUGUCCACCUUUAUUAUGUGAUUCCUACUGGGGAAGUGUUAGAGGCAUUAGGUUUUUCUGACAGUGCAUAAGAGUGGUGGGAAGUAGAGCCACUGCUGGUGGCCACAGAAACGGUCUUAACUGGAUAGAUAGUGCUGGCCUGUAGAGGCAGUUGAAUUUAUGAAAUAAUACCCUUUUUGUGUAAAGAUGGAGAAAAUGUGUGAUAAAUUGUAAAUCGCAAUUAAACAAUAUUUUUUUAUAAGCCAUAGGAUAGCAUUGCUUUUUAAUUUUAUUGACGACUCAAAGAGCUAGGCAAACAGAUUUAGGCAUCAUAGUUGCUUCAUGUGUACAAUAGCUGGAACAAACAUAUCUGGUAAAGUGUGUCACAGUGUGUAACACUAUAUUAGCCCAGGGAAACAGUAAUUGUAAGGGAGAAAUGAGCUGGUAUUGGCAUCAGUUCUGACAACCAUUUCCAAGAAGGCAAAACCUCCAAAUUGACUACAGGAUGGUCCAGAGUCCGUGAAAGCUGGUCAUCUGCUUUAAGAGUUAGCUUUUGUACUUUUUUCUAUGCAUGUAACGUUUAGAACUCAGUGUUCAAACUAAGGAGCCUUUACUGAAGAACCAAAUCCUGCAUUUGGACAUUCAAAUUGGCACUUAAUAUCGUUCUCUCUCUCUUUCUCUUUCUCUCAGCCUCUUUUAUGCACAUACUUGCAAUUUUGAGUGCUCACAUUAAAUAUUUGGGAUACCCAGGUUAGGUGCCCCGAAUAGAAAAUAGGUUUCCUGUCAUCAGUGCAUUUAUUAGUAUGUAUUCAAUGCUUCCUUUAAGGCAGGUUCCUGCAGUUUUUAACCAAUUAGGCACGAAGUCCAUAAUACAUUCUGUUACCUUUUCGGAAGGUAAAAUUUCAGGUUUUUCCCUUUCCCUUUUCCCUUUUCUCUGGGAAUAAUCUUAAAAUAACUCAGUUCUGAAGAUUUGCUGUUUAAAAAUGUCUGUGAAAAUGUACAGGCAGUCCCCGGGUUACGUACA